UGUUUUAUAUUACCUUGUUUUGAGUUAACGCGAAACAUUGAAGAAAGGCAUAAAAUGUGUUUUUUGACUGUCAUGCCAGUAAAGCUUGCUGUCUUACAUUAAUAACACUUUCACUUACUUGCAACUCAUUUCCUACAGUUUGAAACAAUUCUUGUGGCCUACAUGCAUCAUUUAUCAUCAGUUGAUCAGUUUGAAAAUUACUAUAAUGCGUGACCGGUUUCUUCUUUAAAAGUGCAUAUUCAGCAUUUCCAUCGUUUUAGCUUAUGUCAUGCCACACAAUGAGCAGUCCACUAAUACUCUCUGUUAAUAGGAUUGUGCGGAGCGAUUUAGUCCUCUGAGGUUCCAUUCUUAGUUCAGUCACAGUCAGGUGAGCCUGAGGGACGGACAUGAAGGACCCGCAGCUCCCAGCCAUCAAAGCACGCCUGUGGCCGAAACAGAAAGGGAGCAAGAAAUCCAAAGAUGAGACUCCGGUAGUGCAGACGCUGACCAAGAAGCCCUCGGCUCCUGCUGCUGUAUGUGCCAUCCCACAGCUGACAGAAGCAGAGAGGAUGAAGCAGACGCCGUUUGAGAGGGUCGUCUACGACAUGGCCCACAACGAGAGGGUCGUCAACGAUCUGAUGCUCGGUCGAAGAGUUGGCUUUUACGAGCUGCGUGGAGAGGUCGGGCAGGGAAACUUCUCCACGGUCAGGUUGGGCAUCCACACCUUGACCAAAGAGAGAGUCGCUGUCAAAGUUAUGGACAAGAUGCGUCUGGAUAAGAAGAGCCAGCCGCUGACUGCCUCAGAAAUCGGCUGCAUGGAGAAGCUGAGUCACCCCAACAUAGUGCGACUGUACGAGGUGAUGGAGACCGGCAGGAAGCUGUAUCUGGUGAUGGAAUACGGCAGCAGUGGAGACCUGUUCUCCCGAAUCACCACCAGGGGGAAGUUAAACGACUUGGAGGCCAAACUGGUCUUUGCACAAGUCAUCUCUGCUGUUAAACACAUGCAUGAAAACAACAUCGUCCACAGAGACCUUAAGGCGGAGAACGUCUUCUACACCACCAGCUACUGCAUCAAGGUCGGAGAUUUCGGCUUCAGCACAGAAAUGGGCCCUAACGAGCUCCUCACCAACUUCUGUGGCUCACCACCGUACGCUGCUCCUGAACUGUUCAAGGAUAAAGGUUACAUCGGCUGCUACUCAGACAUCUGGGCUUUAGGUAUUCUCUUGUACUUCAUGGUGACGGCCACUAUGCCCUUUUUUGGGGACAAACUCGGGAGGCUGAAGCGCUGCAUCCUUCAGGGGGCGUACAGUAUCCCUGCUUAUGUGCCAGAUCCAUGCCAGCUUGUCAUUAAGGGCAUGCUGCGGCCUGUGCCUGUGGAUCGCUCGCCUCUCACACACAUUACAAACAGUACUUGGCUGCAGGGGAUUGAGUAUGCUCGCCCGCAUGUCAUGUUGCCCCUGUCCCCGGCACACUUUGCUCAGUCCAACCAGCCUCUGUGUGUGGAGGAGCAGGAGGUGAAGAGUUUGCUGUCAGAUUUGGGUAUUAAGACGGUGCAUUUCCAAAACAAUCCCUGCUUGGACUGCAGGAGCCCGUUGACAGGAACCUACAGGAUCCUACUCCAUCGGGUCCAGAAGAGGAGGUCAGUGGAGGCUGUGGGUUAUUCAGCGGUUCACCCCGAUGAGUACGGGAGUCCGAUGUUUUCUGUUAGACCUACGGACAAACACAGUCCCACGACUGUCUGUGUUUUACUGUAAGGAGAAUAAGUGGACUGGCUUUAAUUAUGGCAUUUUAUCACAUUCACAUGUGUCCAUGUGCUCUCCAACACUCCUCCAAUCACUCCAGGCUCCCCUAAUCACUCAAGUGUUAUGUUACAUGUUGAGAAAUACUCCAGUUGUGUUACGCAAUACUGGACCCAAAUGGCAAACAAAUGGAGGUUGAGGGAGUCGGAGGGUUCUUCUGUCCCACAGUGUAAGUCAAUUACAGCUUACAGGCUAGGGCGCCUCUCUUAAGUAAUUAGCUAUGAUUUGUUCUGAUUGCAUCACAACAAAAGCUUACUGACGCGCAACGUUCAUCAUUAACCGUAUGGCUAUCAGCAUCAUCCAAUCCAUCUUAGUCAGUUAAUAAUUCUACUGAGCUCAUCCAGCUACAGGUAAUCCGAAAGAGAACAUGAGGUGACAGAGAUAAAACCUGAGAAUAUGGAGAAACCUACUGGGGGAAAAUGACAUCAGGCAAAGGGAAAAAAUAGGACCACAUGAGUCCAGAACAACAGACAAAAUGUAAGGGGCAACCUAAAGGGGACCUAGUAUGCUUUUCCUUUCUUCUUUCAUAUAUAUAAUGUUAAAAUGUAAGAUUGUGAUAUAAAAUGCAGAGAGAGUUUAAAAUACGGUAAAUGCAUGGAAAAAAGAAUCCCUGCAGAUGUUGUUAAUGUCUCCCCAAUUUCGGAUCGCAUUCCUGUCGCAACAUGUUCAAUUACUUAGUUUUUUUCUUUUACUGGGGAUUUUUUUCAUGGUAGAGACUGGUGCUAUACUAUGGUUAUGGUCGAUAACGGAGUAUUUAUGAAAUAAUGAACGACUUGUGUAAAACUCUCAAGCAUGUGGAGUCAGAUUGGUUAAGGUUAGGGUAAGAACAUCAGGAUAACCCAAUCAGAAGCAGGGGAGGGCCACUUCAAUUACGAGAACAUGCAGUCUAUAUACACAAAGGAGCCCCAAGAGGCCGGAGACCCAGAAUCGCUGACCAAUCAGAGCGGACUGGGCAUUAGUGGGAGCAAAGCUUAAAGAAACAGGUAUUCAAACGGAGCAUCUCAGAAGUGUGAAUAGAGGUGUAGCAGCCGUGGGCAGUAUGAGAACAAAACUGAAUUUUGUGAGGGUUUUUUAAACAAAAAAUGAUGCCUAAAUGCCUUCAUUUAAUGUUAUUUAUUAAUUAAAUUGUUUAUAAAUAUUAUGUAAUGUUUCCAAAAGUCUUGAGUGCAUUGUUUGUUUUAUAUUUUGCAUGAUUUUAAUCUAAUUUUGUUAACAACUAUGUUAAUUAUUCCAUAACGUUUGCUUCAUGGGCACUGGCCUUAGCUUUAUGCUGCUAUCUAUUAAUAAUUACAGCAGUGAGUGAGGUCCAAAUUCAAUAAUUAGAAUAAAAGUGUUUUCAGACAAUGGUUUUAAACAGUUUUCUCUCAAAUCUCCUCUUUUUUUCUACAGCAGGAUAUUAUCUUUUUCCAGCUCAGAUUCAAACCAUUUCCAAAGAGAUUUCUACUGGCACUUUGAAUGAUUACUUGCUUCCUUACAAGGUCUGAAGUUACAAAAAAAACUUGGCACUUGAGCCAGUUUGCAGGAAAUCAUUUUGGAGAAAUCUCAAGCACUUUCGGUAAAAGAGCUGUUAACGUCAAAUGAUGCAUUUGUGUCCUUAAGAAUUCGAGAGAAUUACAAAACUGCGAGAAGCUGUAAAUUCUCUUGAGACUGUCAAACUUUGCGUGAAGUCAAACUUCAGUUUGUUUCCUUUCACUUGUGAAUUCCCCUCGAGGGAACAACAGUCUCCUUGGACAGGCAUCACUCUCUGCCUAUUAUCGUCACCUUGCAAUAUAGCGCCAAUCCUGCCAGUGUCUGCAUGCAACUGCUGUAUUUGUGAUUACUGAUUGGCACUGUGAUAAGCCUAAUAUUUUGCAAUAAAGUGUUGAACACCAA